AUGCCUCGGUCCCUCCUCGCCGGGAACGAAGGCUCCUGCGACCUCACCGGCGACCCCGGCAAGCAGCUCGCGGCGGGUAGCCGCCCGUGCCAGCUGGCCACCAUCGUCGCCGUGCGCGCGCUGGCACCGACCGCGCUUCCCAACGCCACGCGCCUCUGCGCCGCGCCGGGCUCGAAGCGCGCGCCGCCCGUACGGCCCGACACGCCCGGUUGCUCCGAGUGCCGCGGCGGGGUGAUGGCCACCACCUACGAGAUGCUGGCCUUCGCGCACCAAGGAUUCGUGCCCUGCGGGAUGGCGGCCACCGUCGCCGUCUGCGUCGGCACCGGCGACCUCAUCCCUUCACCGCCGCGGCUGCCGCCUGCUGCUGCCUCCGCCACCCAGUCCCCUCCGCCUGCUUCCAGUUCUUCUUCUUCGUCGAGCAAAAGUAUUGUGCCCAUCGCCGCCGGCUCGGCUACGGCAGUCAUCUGUCUCGGCUUCGCCGCCGUGGCAGUUGCAAGAAUCCGUCGUCGACGUAGGAUGACUGCAGGAGGAGACAGCGAGAGCGGCAACGACUCGAGCGACGACGACGACGACGACUCGGUGGCGUCGCUGCCGCCCCUACCGCGCGAAGGUCUCUACAUCUUCACCAAGGCAGAGCUGAUGCAAGCUACGAACGGAUACGACAAGAAGCUGCUGCUGGGCACUGGCGGCGCCGGGAAGGUGUACCUCGGCCACCUCCCGUCGGGGCAGCGCGUGGCCAUCAAGAAGAUCUACCGGUCCAAGAAGGUCUCCGAGUUCUACGCGGAGGUGGCCGUGCUCGCCAAGCUGUGGCACCGCAACCUGACCACGCUCGUCGACUACUGCCUCGGCGGCCGCGGCCGCGGCGACCACGCGCUCGUGUACGAGUACAUGGCGGGCGGCAACCUGUGGCGCGCGUUGUUCUAG